AUGGGUUUCAACGCUAACUCCACUCUUGACGCCGAGCGCAAGAUCUACACUGGCUGCGCCAUCCAGCGCAAGAUCUACACUGGCUGUGUCGUCCAGCGCAAGAUCUACACUGGCUGCGAGCUUCAGCGCAAGAUCUACACUGGCUGCACGCUCCAGAAGACCCGCAACGUCGACUUCGGCAAGAAGGUCUGCACCAUCCAGCGCUCCGCUUAA